AUGUCGCUUGCCGCUUGCUUGUGUUCCUGGUUGUGCUUUGGUUCUCUCGCUGUAGGGUUCUGCCUGUGUCCUCCACAGUGCACCUGCACCUUCCACAGCAGCAUCGAUGAACUCAAGGCAAGGACUGUACUGUGCAACAAUCCAGAAAUGACUUUGAUUCCAGGUAACAUUCCUGAUGACACUUUAACACUGGUGAUCGAGCGAACAUUAGUUAGACAAGUCUCCGCGCACGCGUUCUCCUCUGCUUCCCGGCUGGAGUGUCUCAGGUUGGCCUUCAACUCCAUCAGCGAGUUCAGUGGGGAGAGUCUUCAGGGUCUGAUAAGACUGAGGGAACUUCGGCUAAACGACAACGCUCUUUCAACCUUCCCGUGGGAAGCUCUCUCCCACCUGCCUCGUCUCUGGCUCCUUGACCUGCAUAGCAACGUUCUCUCAUCAUUCCCCUCUCAAGCAGGUAGUUACUUCAAAAACAUCACCUAUCUGGAUUUAUCAAGUAACAGGCUGAGGACUCUCUCAAUCAGUGACAUCUCAAUGUGGCUGGUGAUUCCUCCCACGGCCAGAGUGAUUUUAUCCACCGUUCAUUCAAAACUCAUCAUAGGAUUACAUAACAAUUCUUGGGACUGUGACUGCUGGUUAUCAGAACUAGUUCAUUUUGUUAAGACGCAGCAGCAUCCAACAUCAACAUUGAUGGAUCCCGGAUUAAAGUGCUCCCAGCCUGCACAUCUCUCCGGAGCUCUCUUUAGCAGCAUUGAGCUGAGUAAAUGCCAGAGCCCCAGCAUCUGUGCAGCAGAAAGUAAAGUGACUGCGGUCCCUGGAAGCACAGUCUCUCUUCACUGUGCAACCACCGGAGUUCCCAGCCCGACUAUCAGCUGGAGUAGAACGGAUAACAUGCUGCUGAACGGGACAGUUAUACAGGAAUACACCAACAGGACCCAGAGCAGGUCUACUCUCAGCCUAGAUGAUAUAUCCUACCAAGACUCUGGUGAAUAUUUGUGCCGAGCCAGUAACCUGAUGGGAACAUCUGGGGCUAUGAUGUCCCUGCUUGUGGUUGACUCUGCCAAGGCAAAGGUACCGAUCAAAAGCACGUCUGGAUGGAGAUGUCCCAGAAAACGGAGAAAUCAGAAAGCUGCCCGAUGCAAUAGGAAACUGAUUGCCCAGUAUAUGAGCAUGCUAACCAACAAGGUUUCACCCAGAGAGAUGCCGAGAAGCUCCUAUUCCAGUGGUGGGACAGAUUACUUCACCCUGCAUCAAGAUCAGUUGGAUACAGACACAAAUGCCCCGGAGUUUGUUUCCCUGAAGAUGAAUCCUUCAAAAAUUACCAGCUUGUCGGAAAAUCGCAGAAGUGUCGAUGAAUCCAGCAAUGUAACGUUGAGACCUUCAUUGACCACACCUGAAGCAGACUGUUUAGUGAGAACAGUCAGAGUGAUAGGGGGCACCUAUCACAGUGUUUCAUUGGCCUGGCGGUCACCCAAGGCCACAAACGUCACACUUUUUAGCAUUUUGUACACAACGUUUGGUGAAAGGGACAUGAAGAGGAUUAACGUGGGGCCUGGGAAGACUAAGAUCACCAUUGAUGGCUUGAUGCCGCAGAACAAGUACAUUGUGUGUGUCUGUGUGAAAGGGAUCAUCCCCAGGAAAGAGCAGUGUGUGAUCUUCUCCACUGACGAGGUGGCCCACGCGAGCGGGACCCAGAAGCUGAUCAACGGCAUAGUGAUUACUGUGGCCUGUGUGAUUUUCAUCCCCCUCACCCUCAUCGUCUGCUGCGGUGCCUUGAAGAGGCGCUGCAGGAAGUUUCUGAUCAAACCCCCCGAAGACGAUGACCAAAACAACUCCUUUGCCCCCUUUGAAAGCUUGGCAAUGGGGCCCAGGCCAGACACCACUGAGGAAGAUUAUCUCACGAAUCACAAUAAGGAUGAGGCCAACAGGCUGCUGUCACCAAGGUCCAGUUACGAUUCCGAAGAAGCAACAAUUAAUGAAGCCCAACAAAAUGAAUAUUUCUGUUGA